UCGAUUAUAUGCCCGAUAUUGUUCGAGGUUGUACAUGAUGCGGUCGGUUUGAUGGCCGAUAUUAUUCAUGGUUGUGCUAGCCGCGGUCGAUUAUAUAGCCGAUAUUGUUCGAGGUUGUACAUGAUGCGGUCGGUUUGAUGGCCGAUAUUAUUUAUGGUUGUGCUAGCCGCGGUCGAUUAUAUGGCCGAUAUUGUUCGAGGUGGUACUAGAUGUGGUCGGUUGUGCGACUAAUAUCCACUGAGGUUGUGCGGUCAAUUUUAUGGCCGAUCUUGUUCAAGGUUAAGCUAAAUGCGGUCAUUAGUAGGGCCGUUACGGAUCUAGGUGUGGCACGCAUAGGGAUCCUGUGGGUCUUUUCGGUCAUUAAUAUGAUUAAGGAGUAAGGUCAAACCAUGGAGCAGGUGACAGGAUCCCUCCUUGUGGUCUGUGCUGUAUGGGGAAAUGUGGACGGGUUAAAUAUGAGCCUAAAUCUAGUAAAAUGAUUUAAGUUGGGUCUAUGCUGUAAUGAGUGGUCUGGUUAAUCAAUGUAAUGCGUGCCAGGGAUUUUUCAGGUAGAUAAAUGGGAGUCUGCCUGACCCAUGCUUAUUAAUAAGUAGCAGGUCAAAAGAGGGCUGUGUCAUGAACAAGGGUAAUGUGUGGGCAUGAGGUCAGAGCCUUUCAUUUGGGAGGGACGACUAUAACAUGGGGAGGAAUAUAAUGUUGGUGAUGCGGCGCGUGUCCUUGCCGCUGUUGCUACGCGGCACCGCUGUUGGUGAAGCGGCUCGUGUCUCUGCCGCUAUUGCUGAGCGGUACCGCUGUUGGUGAAGCGGCCUGUGUCUCUGCCGCUAUUGCUAAGCGGCACCGCUGCCAUGUUAGACGCGAAGGACGCCGGGACCCUGAACUUCAUGCUGUUCAGAAUGGGAUCCGGGGAUGCUGUUGCUGGAAUAAGCAAUUAAAAUCCCCACCCCGCAUUGUGACCAACCCAUCCUUGUUACGGACAACAAAACCGGCACAAAUAACUUCGCGUGGCACAUGUUGCUAAGAUAACACAAGAAGUACCUGUAACGUCUGUGCCCAAAAGAGUGUUUCGGUUGAGAACUUAUUUCAUGUGGCAUUGUAGAUGGAAGUAUCGUCCAGCACUGCAAGGUGCCCGAACAUUCGUAACUCGUUAGUAAGGAAAUCGUGUGCCGUUCAUUGUGGAGAAGAUCUGCUUGCAUAUCCAACUUCAGGGAAUGCACCCGGAGGACAUAUUCCGGCCGAGUAGUAGUCAUGCCACGAUAGAAAACCUGAGGGCCCCGUUCGACUCCCGCGGAGAAGCCAGCCUGGACGAGUGUGGCAACAUCAUGGCAUCGCAGGCAUGCUCAAGGUGUUCUUCAGGGCCUGUCAGGAUGACCGCCCAGUUCUUUGCCAUACAUGAAAGGUACCCGAAGGACCCCAAAUCGUGUGUGAUUUAUCUGAAACCUCUGCUGAAGAAGCCGCCAAAUGAACAUUAUGACUUUCUGAAGCACGUGAUACGCUUCCUGGCCAUCGUCGCAUGCAACGAGCAGGUCAACAAGAUGAGCCCUAUGGCCAUGGCCAUUGUGUGUGGACCCAAUCUGUUCAUGUCUGGAAAGGGAUUAAUUGCGCUGUUCACGGAAGCGGAUGAGGACGCUCCAAACGUGUACCAGGAGAGAAAAAGGAACAAUUAAGGGCCCGACCGCCCUCUCCCCGCCCAAAUUGAGUAUAAUCGAGCCCAAAGUAUCAAUGGAGGACUGUAAAGUGGGGAGGAGUGUGGUGAAAUGGCCGAACUGUCAUGGGACCGUUUCGGACAAUCGGUACACUAGCCGCAAAGAACGCAGGGAACCAGAGUGCCUACCUAGAUCUGUGAAGAACAAGUGUUGUAUUAUUGUUACUGUUACUUUUAUCUGUUUGAAUCCUGUCGAAGGCACCAUGAUCGAUGAGAUCUUCAUCUACCUAUGUGUAUAGGUAACAUUGUAGUAAUGUUAUUUCACUACAGUAAGCUAUUUGUGUAAGCAACUUCUUAUUUGUUGUCCGUCAGAGAAAGGUGUGUUUUUUCGCAUAUUAGAAACUUAAUCUGCACCCGAUGUUAACGAAACUUACACAGGCUGUGUAUGCUCAUAAAAUUACGGUAGGUAAUAAAUGAAUAAUCACUGGGCCAGAUAACACUUGUGAAACCAGAAGUUAUUUGUGUAAGAAUUGAAAAGUAUCCAGUGUUUGCAUUAUACAAAUAAUCAUGUAAAUGACUAUUUCAUGUGUAUAAAUGAUUAAUGUUUGCGCUUAGAUUAUCUUUGUAUCCCGAAUAACAAAUCAAAUUCAGGCAAAUUACCAUGUCUUUCGGAAACAUACAUAAUUUAAAUAUAACUGCUUUGUUAAUAUCUAUGAAAUUUAAUCCCAUAACAAUGUGCGAUUUUUUUUUUAUCUGGUGAACCAGA